AUGUCUGCCCUCAAGGUCGGAGACUCGUUCCCCGAGGACGUCGCCUUCACCUACGUCCCGCCCGCGCCCGAGAGCGACAUCAAGGUCUGCGGCAUCCCGCAAAAGUUUGACGCCAGCAAGGAGUUCAAGAACAAGAAAGUCGUCCUCGUCUCCGUCCCCGGCGCCUUCACGCCCACCUGCCAGGCCUCCCACCUGCCCUCGUACCUCAACAACCGCGACGCCCUCAAGCAAAAGGGCGUCGACCAGGUCGUCGUCAUCGCCUUCAACGACGCCUUCGUCAUGUCCGCGUGGGGCAAGGCCAACGGCGUGACUGAUGACUAUGUGAUCUUCGCCUCCGACGCCGACGCCAAGUUCAGCAAGAGCAUUGGCUGGACCAUUGGUGAGCGCACCUCGCGCUACGCCAUCGCCGUCGACCACGGCAAGGUCGUCUACGCCAGCCAGGAGGACAACACCAAGUCCAUUGACCAGUCUGGCGCCGAGGCCGUCCUGGCCAAGCUGUAA